AUGAUGAGUAGCCUUAGGCAGUACCUCACCAAUGCGGGUGAGAAAAAUAGAUUUUAUGUGUUUGUAUUGGGUUGUGGCUUGGAGCACUAACAGGCUAUAGCAUAAUGCUUAAUUGUUGUGUCGUUUGGUGUUAUGCUUACCCUAACCCUUGAACUGUGUCAACCCUGGCUGAUACUGCGUCAACCCUGGCUGAUACUGCGUAGUGUGGGUGUGUCUGUUUCUUUGUCUCUCUGUCUGUGUCUCUCUCUGGCUGUGUGGAUUUUGUUUGACCGCUCGGCACAAUAACCAUAAUGAACUACAUAGCUUACAUGAUUCUUCUGGGCUCAAACUCAAAACUAUUACUCGCUUACUUGCCCUGUAUUCUGAAAAUACUUGAUUUGAGUUAUUAUUAAACAAUAUAUAGUAUCUUUUUGCCCUUCGUAGAGUGGUGGGCCAAGAAAUGCUUUCGGGCUGUUAACCUGCAUUAAUACAGUGUGCAUUUUUCCUUUCAGCAAACUUGCGGUGCAAUGGGAGGGGAUGGUUCAUCCAUAUGGUGCUGGGUUACAUCUCUGCAGGUUUAUUUGCUCACACCUGUAUCUUUCUUCUUCCUGUGUUUGCAAUCAAAGACGUCAUCCCUCUGGGGUUGCCUAGUCCCAAACCCUCCCCGGCCGCCGCCUCCCUUCAGGUGACCCCCAUGAAACCCUCUCAGCCCCCCGGAUGCCUGUCCAACCCCAACACACACCCCCUGCCAAAGUGGGUGCUACCCUUGACCAGCCCCAAACUGGACCCAAUGAGGGCCAAGCCCUCUCCUAGACCCCAUCCUCACCCUCCCCAACUGCCAGGGGUGCACCACCGAGCCUCUGGGGGUGGGGGUGAAGCCAAGGAUGGCCAGGCCAACUUAACAAACCCCCUCACCAGGAAGAUACAGCCUUCCCACAGCCCUGUAACCCCUAACCCCUCUAGGAGUAUGACCUUUGACCCACGGGGUGGUACGGGAACGGGCAACAGUGAUGUUGGAAGCUCUAGACCUCUGUUUGCUGCCCAGCCCCUCCAGUCUAACCCCCAGUACACAGCAGGAGACGACAGGAAGGGCACAAUGAGGAAUGGUGGUCCACUGUCAUACACCAUGCACAGCCCUGUCACUCCACAGCAGGUAGAUGGAUAAAGAUCGAUUGAUACUUUAUUGAUCCCGACACUUGGUGUCAGCAGCAGAUUCGAACACAUAGACUAUAAUCUUAGAAUAUUUGCAUGAAAAUCUGUCGCCAAUUGAAUGGAAACCCAGCUACUGAUGUUGAUAUUGGCUCAGUUGGUAGAGCAUGGUGCUUGCAACGCCAGGGUUGUGGGUUCGAUUCCCACGGGGGACAAGUACGCAAACGUAUGUACUCACUACUGUAUGUCGCUCUGGAUAAGAGUGUCUGCUAAAUGACUAAAAUGUUUGGUUCUGUUUGUCUUUCCACAGAGUGGUGGUUCCCUGGACCACAGAGGAACCACUCCCACUAGCAAACCGUUCACUUCAGGUACAAAUUAUACUUAACUAAUGUAAAAUAACGAGCACAUCCUAGACCUCUUAGUUUAGAUUGCUGAAUAGAUUACUGAACCUGUGUAAAUGUAGUCUAUAAACAAAUCAAUAGGGUAACCAUCUCCAUAUUAUGUUUCCAUGUUGUUUUUAUACAGUAACAAUGCUGAUGCAGACAUGUAUAGUAGUUUCCGAUGCCGCCUCUGUCAUUUGACUAAUGACUUGUUGAGAGUAGUAAACCAUGCAAAUUCCGGCUAACUUAGCGUGAAAUGCACCAGUUAGCUAAUGGAAAAAUAGAUUUGUAAUGUAGUGGGCCUCUGUUUAUUGUAAUGUGUGUUAAAGGACUUGAGAAAGUAGUUAUCACAAUUCACCCUCUGUUAAUUUAUUCAUAGUGCCAAAAAAUAUAGUUUCCCCUCGUUUUAUGAAAAUGUCAUUUUGACGUUUUCACAUCUAUUGAAGGGCCUUGAAAAACCCACUUACUCUCAUUCUAUAGUAUUUUACUUUUUGAACUAUUCUAUUCAUUGUGAAUGUAGUUGUUGAUGCUGUUUUCUCGCACCAGGAGGCACCACAUCCCUGUCUCUGAAGAGACGCAGACAACCAGACUCGGAGGAGAGAAACGGUGGUGGAAGAGGAGAGGAAAUGGCUAAUAAGAGACUGCGUCCAGAGGAUAAUAGCCCAGGCACAGGCCCAGCCCCUAUCUGUACCAGUCACCAACCCUAUGGAACAGCCAGGUGAGAGGGGUAGACAUUCAAUUCAACACAACUUGAUUUGUCCCCUUCGGGCAAUUACUAUUAGGGUUAACUUUGCAUGAAGUGUUCUUGCUGAAAAUUAUUACAGAAAGACCGUCAAUGGAGUAAGCCAGCCUUAUAUUUUGGGUUAUGAUAAGUUAGAUAAUUGUACUAACUAAGCUCAUAAGGCAUUUCUAAGUUAUAUUUGACAAGAAUCAAUGAAUAUAUCAUCAAUUGAAAUAACGAUUGAAAAGCUGGAAGUCUUACUAUUUGUGAUAUUUUAUUGUCUAUUUAGUCUGUAAAGUCUGGUUUGUGAUGGCUAAACGCUCUGUUGUAAAUACCCCCCCCCCCCCAGCCCAUCCUACCUGAAGAAAGUCUUCAUGAAAAACAGUCUGAACUCAGGUCCUAUUCUGAGUUUGAAGGAGCGCCUCACCCCUAAGAAGACGGGAGGGAUGGAGACUGUCCCUACCUCUCCACUCCCAACACCCAAGCCUGCGAGGCAGCUCUUUAACAACCAAGGACAAACGCCAUGCAGGAACAGUGUGAGGGAGAAUAGCAACCCUCAGUGUAGAUACAGUGGAAUGAAUCACCAAUCUGUUUAUAGUGGUAGUAAUCUCCAAUCCGGCCACCCAGCGAACCUGCAUGUCAAAAGUGCUAGUAGAGCAGAAUGCAGCAGAGAGAAAGAGGGCAGAGCAAGAGCGCAAGAGAGUAGAGGAGAAGAACCGACAGGUCGCACCGACAGAAGAACCCCCAAACCCGUCUCGAGGUCUCAAAGCUCAUACUCGAGCUGCUCUAGUUCUCUGCGCCGUCUCAGAUUGGCACAGAACCGAAAAGUCACUCGCCCCCGGGGAACGUCGGCCUUGUUGGAUGACCUGAAUGACCUUUUCACCCCUGACCCCAUAACCUCUAGCCUGUCUAGAGCAGUGAUGACCUUUUCCCCCAGUCCCCAGAGAGGAGACGGGUCGCCCUCUGUACACAACAAGGUUCCUGUGUCUGGUGUGUCGGCUACAGUCUGUGGUGCUAGUAAAAGACUGUGGCCCACCUCUGUAACAAGUCCUAGAGAAAUCCCCCAAAUCUCCCCCUCGGAGGGAAUCUCUGGCCCCAAUAUCUUUCCCUGUAAGGUAGCUGCAAUGGACCCCUGUAAACUAGUCCUGGGCCCUAACAUCUACUCUCCCUCUUUUUUAAGGCUGGAGUCGUGCGGGACUGACUUGACUAAAUUAGAGACUGGCUCGUACAAGACCAGCAUUUCCUCAGGGAAGCCCUCAUCCCCUAAGGAGGAGUCUGUUACGAUGGAGGAUGUGGCGUCAGAACUGAAAACGAGUCCUGCUUUUCCCGCUGUUAGACUGUUUGCGGAUGAGUCCGUUAAGACAGAGGCAGGACCCAGAUCUCCUGGUAUUCCUUUAGCAGGGUUGGAGUCACCUAUGGAUGAGCAUGCCAACCUCAAGAAUGAGUCCUCUGGCCUGAAAGCUAUCCCCCUCUCAGCCUUUGCAAAGUCCUCAUCCUUGUGUAAGGACGAGUUGUUUAACACAGAGACUACAGACUUCAAAGCCAGACUCAGCUCUCCCCUCCUCCCUUCUCCCACGUCACCCCUGGACCGAAAAGGAAAGGAGGGUGAAAAGAGGAAGGAAGGAGACCAGAAGAGUUUACCGUUACUUGCGGCAGGAGAAAAAAGAAGCAAGAUAGACAAUUCCCAGAAGAGUCUGACAUUUCUGGAGGAGGACCCUCUGGAUGUGGAGCUGGGCCUCGACCUGGGCCUAGAGUUGGAGCCAUCCCAGGCCAGCAGCAGCAGCAGCAGUGAGGACGAGCUGCCAUCCCUGCAGCAGAUCCUGGACCGUACCACCCGGCCCCCAGACACCCCAGAGAAAGGAACCUUCACUGCACCCAGCACCCCCGUGGUGCCCCAACACCACAGCCAGCUGGUAAUAGGCUACUUUCUUAGGGCAGUGUUACAAAUGGUGUCCAUAUGGACCCUGGUCAAAAGUAAUGCUCUACAUGGGGAAUAGGGUGCCAUUUGGGACUCAAGAUUAUUUUUUUAUUGUUUAAAUGUGUAUUUACUUAUUGUAAAUUUCCUAAAUGUGCAGUGUAGCAACUAAAACCCGUCUGUCAGCAGCUACUUUCUAGCAUGUAAUUUGUUUGGUUGUAUUUAGUUGUAACUUACAGUAGAAGGUUAGAAAAGUUCAAAUUACUAAUUUGAGGUGCCGUAAAAUAUUGGACUAUAAAUCCCAAGUCGUCACUAACAAUGCUACAGUGUGUUACUCUAGUAUGAACUCAGUCUAAAGUAGUUGAUGACGUUCAUGUGUUCUCUCUGGCAGCCUGUGUCGUCUAAAACAAAACCCACGAGUUACAGGAACAACCUGGAUGAGAUGCUGAAGGAAAAGGAGAGCAUUCAAAGGUAUUGCUUUAUCAUACGUGACUAUCAUAAGUGCUAUUUUCUCCAUGUGGGUCGAGGAGAUGGCGAAAUCAUUGCAUUGCUUUAACAUUACAACGUGCCAUUGUGACAAGACGCAUUGCUAUGAGACCUGACAUGGUUCUGUCCUUGUUGUCCCCACCCCCCUUGUCUAAGGAGAUGGAGAGGUCUCUGCAUUGCUUAAACAAGACUUCUAUGUCAUAUCGUAUGAGUAUUAUGUCAUAAUAAUGUGUGCUAUGUCAUGGUUAUUCCCCCAAGGUCUAAGGAGCUGGAGACCAAGCUGCGUCUGUCCUGUGAGGAGAACCUGCUGAGACUGGCGGAGGAGGAGGAGGAGGAUGAGAGCACAGAGAACAUGGAGGCGGCCAUCUCCCAUCAGCAGAGGUAACUGCACAAACGCUUAACACACACCUAAAUGCAGAGUAGGAGAGCACCGAGAACAUAGAAGAGGCCAUCUCACACAAACAAAAGUAACAACACAGGAGGAUGAUAGUUGGGAGACCACAGGGGAGGGGUGAAAUUACCACAUUCCCACAUUGUUCUCCGCCCAGGGAGUUCCUGCAGCGUUUCUCUGUGGUGUCCAGCGCCAUCCGGGACCUGCACCCCGGCGAAGCGAUGUUCAGCCUGGACAACUUUGGCCGUCUCUUCAGCCAACACACACUGCAGUUGAGACACUGUAACGUCACCCCUCGGGACACCGCACAGAAAACACUACUCUGGUAAGACAUUUUUGUGUGUGAGAGAGAGAGUGUGUGAACAGGCUGAAAGAGAGGCAGUUCAAUGUUUAGUUCUAACCUCUCUUGUUCCCAUCACCCUAAUUUUUUUCUCUCUCCCUCCCCCUCGGUGUCUCGCAGGUCCACUCCAGACCAGUUCAGGUCCCAUGUCAGUUCCGAGCUGAUCCAGAGAGCCUACCGCUCCUCCCCCUGCCCUCCCCAGGUGGCCCGUUGGCUCUUCCAGGUACUAUUCCACAUCCCCUUUUACCUACCCCUAAGCUAGACAAAUUGAUUUGUUUGAAUAAUUGCUUGAAUUAAAUGUAUUGAUCAAUGGAUGGAUCAGUCUUUCUCCUUUUGUCUCGCUAGCUCUCUCUCUCGUUUAAUCAAAUGAAUAUGGCUUAUUAAAGAAAGACAGUCAAAAGUCUAUCUUUCUCUCCCUCCUGUAGAUGGUGUCAGUCCACUCAGACAAGCUGAUCUGUCAUCAGGUACUAAAGGCCCUCAAAGAUAUUGCCUGCUCCGCUGCUGAACACAUGGUGCUGAAUAAGAGUGAGCGCUUCGAGGUGUGGGUGCCCAGUGUUGGAGACGUGACCCUGGUCUUCAUGAACAUGGGUGUUCCCUUCGUCACCCUGUUCCCCCUGGAGACCCUACAACCCUCCUUCACAGAGGGAGACCUGCUGUAAGUGUGUGUCAAUAAAAACUUUGUUCAUAAAAAUGUGAUGAUAGACUGAUAACUACCUGUGUGUUUGUCUGUAUAGAGAGGGCAUCCAGAUCCGCACAGAGAGCCUGCCCAGUAAGAAGGAGCUCAGCACUUUCCCUGAACACAACUUUGAUAGCGUCAUCAAGUACCUGUCUCAGUGUACAUCGUUGUGCCCGCGGGCCUACAGUGACAGAGACCUGUUGUUACUCCUGUCGGUGGUGAGCAGAGUGGGCCUGGACACGCAGCUCGCCCUCCAGCCCACUGAGCUCCUCCGCUCCCUACUGCGCAACCUGAUCAACAGCAUCAGGGACUGGGACAUCAUGGUCAGUUUGUCAACCAUUCAUUUAUUUCUUAUGUGGUGCCUGCGUAGCCCAGUAGAAAGCAGUUAUGUACAACCCCUGAUGGUUGUGGGUUCAGUCCUGCCUCAGCCUUUCUAACUGAAUCUCUAACUUGCCUGUGUCCACUGUCUAAUUAAGAUGAACACUUAAAGGGCAAUUCCACCACUUUUCAACUUGGUAUUCAUUAUUUCCAGCGCCAUACAUGUGAAAACGGCACAUCUGUUUUUCUAGUAAAAAAAGAUAGAGCUCGAUUCAAUCGGUAUCGCUGAAGUUCAGCGAAACAGCGCGAUCGAAAUGUAAAGGUAAUUUCCGAUUGAGCUGACAUCUGUAUUGUUUACCGUGAAUGCAGCCUCCGCUAACGUGGGAACGUUACUUUUUACAUUUAUAUCGCGCUGUAGCGCAGCUCUUCAGCGCUACAGAUUGAAUUGAGCCCAAAGUAAAAAAGUUUCAUAUGAUGUCGUCAAAAGUAAAAACAUAUAUUAAAAACUCGUGGUGACACGGGGAGCAGGGAUAUGCCCUCCCUCUGGCUAGAAAGCAUUGCGUUCUAAAUAGAAUACCCGGAAUUGCAUUCUAAAUAGUAGGCAUUUUGGGAAUGCAAAAAUAGAACGUUUUUAUAGUAUGUACAAUUUUGAGUGCUUUAAAUUCCAGGAUGUCAUACUCUUUUCGGCUUUUCAUCUAGUAGAAUUUGCUGCACACUAUGGAGGAAGAUAAUUCUUUCCAGACCCACUUGUGAUUGACAACAGCUGAUAAUCACAAGGUGUACCAAAAUGAACGAAUGGUGGGAAUCAAUGCAAUUGCACAUUUUGAAGCAUUCUCAGAAUGGAUGAGCCUUGUAUGUUGAUAUUAGUUGCUUACUGCUUUCGAUUUCACUAAACAAUACGUUGUAAGUAGUAGCCUAUGUUGUAUGAUAAGUACACAGCAUGUAGUUUUAGUAAGUAGUAGGCUGUUGUAUGAUAAGUACACAGCAUGUAGUUUUAGUAAGUAGUAAGCUAUGUUGUAUGAUAAGUACACAGCAUGUAGUUUUAGUAAGUAGUAGGCAAGACAGAUUUCUGACACUGCCAUUUUUUUUGGUGAACUUUUCUUAGGACCUUUUUUUAACUGCUGAAUGUAGACAUGCACCAUUUUCACAUGUAGACACUGGCGAUAAUGAGUGAGGUUAAAGUGGUGGAGUUCCCCUCCUAAAGCAAGAAAAUGUCACCAUUUUUAUGUAUUAUUUAUUUCUCUCCUUUGCUAGGUAAACUUGUGUCACUUUUGUGUUUUUCUCCUGUCUGAUGUUGGUCUAUCUCCUGUUUUGUCCUGUAGCUGCCCAGGAUCUGCAUGUCGCUGAUUAACCUGAGUGAUGACCACCACAACCUGCGGUGGCUGGUCCAGCUACUGCCAGACAACAUGCGCGGCAAGCAACUCAGGAGACACCUCAGUGUGUCGGCCAUCUCCAAGCUGUUGAACAACCGAUGCACUUACAGGCCCUCCAACACAGAGUUCCAGCUGUCAGACCUGCGUCAGUACCUCCCCCGCAUGCGCCCCUCCUCACUCCUCCGGGGCCUGGCCACCUCCUUCAGGAGGAGUCACAACCCACACAGAGAGGGGGAAGAGGAGGAGGAAGAAGAGGACUGUGCCUCCCUGGACCAGCAGGUCAGCAAAUAGUUAUUCACCAGGGUAUAUAAGGGUCAUUUUGCAACAAAACAAGUGUUUCUUAUUGGACAAGUGCAGCAGCUAGUCCCGCCCCGCUUAGGUUUGUUUGCUUCCGUCUGGUUCCUAAUGAGUACACCCCUGUUGUUGUCCAUGUAAAGGAGUACUAGGGUUGUGUUCAUUAGGUCACACAAUGAACAGUAGUUUCAACUGAAAUAUUUGUUUAUUGGACCAAAAGUCCAAGUAGUCCCUCCCUGAUUCAGUCAGUUUACUUCUGUUUGGCGCCUAAUGAACAUGUUGUUUUCAGGCUUACUACCUCUGCUACAGCCUCCUGGCCCUGGCUAACGAAGCCACCAACUUUGAGUUCUUCCCUCCGGACCAGAAGAACCAGUUGUUGUUGCUGUGUGCUGAGCUGGAGAAACACAUCAAGUGUGACAUCAGGGAGAGUGAGAAGAUGCUGUACAGGAGCAAGGUAUGUGGUCAUUCCUUCCAUAUAGACAUUUCUAUGGAACUGUAACCCAUAAAUCCAUUAACGAUAUGAUCUCUCUGGUUAAACUGCUCUUAACCCUCCCCCCUCUCCAGGUGAAGGACUUUGUAGCCAGGAUCUACACCAAGUGGCAGGUGCUGGUCCAGAGAACCAGGCCUCUCCAGGUAGACCAUAGAGAGAUGUAUAGCUACAGUACAUAAAGACAUAGCUAGAGGUGUUCUAUAUAGUGCUGAGAAGUACUGCCAGGGUAAACUAUGGUAUUGCAGAGUAAAACUGUUGUAAUAAUGUAUGUUUUUUUCCCUCCGGGGUAGGCUGUAGUAGUUAAUGUUUGAUAGCAAUGUGAUGUGUUUUAUAGUCAUGUAAUAUGUCUGUUGCCUCCAGGGUAAACUGUAUGACUACUGGCAGCCUCUGCCUGAGGACGCAGUGAGCAGCAGCCAGGAGAGCAAACACUCCCACAGGGAGAGAGAAGAUGAGGAGACGGUCAUGGAGUUGGAGGAAGAAGAGGGGAAAGUGGUGGAAGGAGAGGAGGAGAGGAUUGCAGAAAAGGCUUUGGCCAUGGAGGAAGACGAAGAGAAAGAGGAGAGGACACCAGAAAAAUACUUUGCCAAGGAGAUUCCAGAAGAGGAGGAGAAAUUCCUAAAGAUGGAGGAGGAGAGGAUGGAACUAACGUUAGAGGAACCAAAGAUGGAGGACAUGGAGGAAGAACGGAGAGAAGUAAAAGCGGAGGAGAGAGUCACAGAAAAGAGGGAAGCAGCGGUGGAGGAGGGAAGGAAAGGACAGACUGAAGGAGAGACUGGGGAGAGAGGCAAUUUAGAGGAUUCAGAGAUGAAGGAGAAACGUGUAGAACGAAGGGAGACUGAGAGAAGCCGAGAGAAGAAGACUGCAAUGGAAGACAACCCGGCUGCAUCCAUAUAGAAUUAUACCUGUCUAGACCAACUGUCAUCUAGACUGUAGACUGACUGAAUCCAAAAUGGCAACCUACACUCGUGGUCAGAAGUUUUGAGAAUG